GAAGGAGGGGGCUUUCGCUGUCCAAGGCAUUCCCUCGCCUCAAGCGGAGAGGGUCGCUCUAGCCGCAGGCAUGGCCGCUCGGCGUGCGCUCAAAGCUGUCCUGGUGGAUCUCAGCGGGACGCUUCACGUCGAGGACUCAGCUGUGCCGGGAGCGCAGGAAGCUCUUAAAAGGCUGCGCAGUGCUCCAGUCAAAAUCAGGUUUGUAACCAACACGACCAAGGAGUGCAAGAGGGACUUGCUGGAGAGGCUGAAGAAACUCGACUUCGACAUUCAGGAAGAUGAGAUUUUCACAUCUCUAACGGCGGCCAGAAACCUCCUGGAGGAGAAGCGGGUCAGGCCCCUGCUGCUCGUGGAAGACGGCGCGCUGCGUGAUUUCAGCGGGCUUGAUACAAGCGACCCCAAUGCUGUCGUAAUAGGAUUGGCUCCGGAACACUUCAAUUAUCAAAUGAUGAAUGAGGCUUUCCACUUGAUCCUCGACGGGGCUCCCCUCAUAGCCGUACACAAAGCUCGAUAUUAUAAGAGGAAAGACGGUCUCGCUCUCGGCCCCGGGCCGUUUGUUACUGGACUGGAAUAUGCCACCGACACCCAGGCUACCGUGGUGGGGAAACCGGAGCGGACGUUCUUCUUGGAAGCCUUGCGCGGUACCAGCUGUGCGCCGGAGGAAGCAGUCAUGAUUGGCGAUGACUGCAGGGACGACGUUGGCGGUGCGCAGAAUGCCGACAUGCUGGGUAUACUGGUCAAGACUGGCAAAUACCGCCCAGGCGAUGAAGGCAAGAUUAAGCCUCCCCCCUACUUGACCUGUGAGAGCUUCCCCCAGGCUGUAGACCACAUCCUCCACCAUCUCCUGUGAGGACAUCUAACGAGUUUGGAACGCCACCGUCCAGCCGCCGCACCUCAAAGUGUCCGGCAUCCUCAUUCUUUGAGCCAAGCUUUGAGCCAAGUUCUCUGGCGUAGCUCCAGCAGGACUGUACCAGACUGGUUGUGUGUGUGGGGGUGUGUGUGUGUGAUUGUAUAUUUGAAUGCUUCCUACAUAAAACAAGUCCCUGCACUUGGAAGAGCAGCAUUAUAAGCAAAGCGGGUUUUACCGUAGUGCCAGUCCUCUCUUUACAGGGAAUGCCACAUACAGGGGGAUUUCGAACCUGCAGUUCCUCUGCCUGAAGUCUGCAGGGGUUUUGUCCACCAUCAGACCACAUAUUCAUGCAGUGGCUGAACACACAGUUCACACAGACGCCGCACAUUUAGUGGGAAAGGAGAUGAAAUGGAGCCUGAAUCCGAAGAUGCUCCACAUGUUAUUUGAGACAGGGCAAGAAGGUUCUUCUCGCGCCUCCCACCUGUUUGAACCACACGGGAUUGGCAG